GUGACCAAACCAUUACAAGGUCAUUUUGCAAAAGCUUCAUUGCCCGUCAAACGAAAACUCUGGGAGUUUAGAGUCACAGAGGAUGCCUCGGUGCCAGUUGGGACAGAAAUUGUUGCUUCACACUUCUUGCCUGGACAGUACGUUGACGUGGCUGGUACAACAAUUGGAAAGGGAUUCCAAGGUGUGAUGAAGAAGCACAAAAUGAAGGGGCAGGGAGCAUCUCAUGGAGUUACUAAGACACAUCGUAAAAUGGGGGCAACUGGAGGAGGAACGGAUCCAGGGCGAAUAUGGCCAGGAAAGAGGAUGCCUGGUCGUAUGGGCUGUAAGCGAAGAACAACCAUGAGCUUAAAAGUUUAUCGCAUCAAUAACAAGUAUAACAUUCUGUAUGUGAGCGGUUGCAUUCCCGGCUAUAAUGGGAGCUACGUUCGAGUAACUGAUGCACGACGAAAGCCAGUCCAGGAACCACCAUUUCCAACUAGUUUUCCUGACUCAAACAACCGACCGGAAGAAGAAUUUGCAGAUGAAAUCAUGCAGCCAGACAAAGGAACAGUACAAUUCGAGACAGUAAAACAGCAUCAAUCAUAAUAGCAAAAAUAAUUACAAAAGUGCACUGAUUGUUUUCUUUCUACAUGACGGCUUGCUGGGGUCUCCUCUGGACUUGCUUGUAGACUAAACUCUGUUGAAAUGUACAACACAAAUGUGAGAA